AUGCUUAAAUUUCUUUUACUAUGCUUAAAUAUUUGUGUAGUCUCGACUAAUUUCAAUGAAACUUAUCGCGUACGUCGACAAUCUCCGUUUGCUGAUGGCGUUCAACCACCAUCAUAUUUAUAUGAAUCACGACGAAUACUUGCAGCAAAUGCUCAUCGUAAAACUGAAUCGAAUUAUAUGAUUGUUGGUCCUAAACUAGUAAGACCUUCGGAUAUUGUGUCUGUUUGGGUGACAAUCUUAAAUGAACAAUGGGCAAUAACAAAUGUUGUCGUUUCAUUAUUCAAUCAAAAUGAUGAAAUAGCAUCAAAUGAAGAACGUCUAAUACCGAGAAUUCCAACAGCAAUUAUAUUUCAAGUACCGCAGAAUGCCCCGAAUGGCUCUUAUACAAUAUAUGUUCGAGGAACAUUACCGGAUGGUGAUGUUGUAUUCUAUAAUGAAACAAAUGUGAUUUUUCAUGCAAAAUCUCUUUCAAUUUUUAUUCAAUUAGAUAAACCCAUGUAUAAACAUGAUCAAGAAGUUCAUUUUCGAUGCAUUCCAGUUUAUUCAGAUUUACGUGGUUAUUUUAGUACCGUUAAUGUUUAUAUUAUAGGUCCAAUGAAUAAUAUUUUAAGACGUUGGGUUAAUUUGCAAACAAAAUGGGGAUAUGUGGAAUUAUCCUAUAAAUUUGCUUCAUUUAUUGCCUUUGGAACCUAUUCAAUCCGUUGUGAAGCUCAACAAUCAGCGAGUGAAAAAACGUUUUUAGUUGAUUUUUUUUUACAGAAAAAAAUUGAAGUCAAUGUAUCAUUACCAUUUUUUAUUAAUAUUGAAUCGCCAACUAUCAAUGGCAUUAUUACUGCAAACUAUACAACAGGACGUGGUGUUCAAGGUUUUGUACGAUUAACAGUACGAUUGAAAAAUCUAGAUGAAAGUUUUGAACCGGCAGUCAAUAUUAUUCCAGUACCGGAUGCACCCGGACCUAAACUUGAUUAUGAAUAUAAGCGAUUUGAUGGUCGUUCAGACUUUGUCAUACCAAUGGCAGAUGCGACACGUGAAUUUGGUGACUUAACAAAUCGUGAAUUAAUAUUUACAGCAACCGUAUAUCAUCCAAUAUGGAAUGAAACAACAAAUUCAUCGUUUCUUACGUCAUUUUAUAAAACAGAAUAUCGAAUUAAAUUUCUUAAUAGACAAUCAGGUGUAUUUAAACCUCAAAUGGCCUAUACAGCUAAUAUUGCCGUACUGAAUGGUGAUCAAAGUCGUUUUCGAAUUGCUGAUUUUGAUCGUAGUACAACUUAUGUACGUGUACAAACCAAUUUUGAUACUGGUGUAUCACUUGCAUCAAUUGAUUAUCAAAUACCUGACGAUUCUAUUAUUAAACACGAAUUUGUUAUUCCAAAUCAAAAUCAAACAAUGUAUAUGUCUAUUCGAGCUGAAUUAUUUGUUAAUAAUGAAUUUAUUCAAACAGCAUUCAUCGAACAACGUUCUGUUCGUUAUCGAUCAAGAAGUCAAACCUAUAUUCAAAUUACGACAAGUACACUAGAGCCUCGCAUCGAUAAUUUUAUGAUUUUUACAGUUAAUGUCAGUCGACAUUGUCCACAAGUUCAUUAUCAUAUCAUAUCAGCAAGCCGUAUCGUUUAUACAGAUACAAUUCAAAUGCGUGAUUCACGCCAACAAACAGUUUACGUUGCUGUAACACGUCGUAUGGCUCCAUCGGCACAUAUUCUUGCCUAUUUUGUCGAUGUUACAGGUGAACUUGUUGCUGAUGUUAUUCAUUUUCAUGUGAACAUUACAUCGGAUACAGUUGUACUUAAUUUAACAAUAAAUCAAAGAAAAGAUCUAACUGGCGAUACAGUCGAACUGCUUGCUUAUGGUCCACCACAAGCACAAGUUGCAUUUGCUGGAACAGAAUAUGCUCAAUAUCAAUUAUAUGGUGGAAAUGAUUUCCUUGAAAUGGAUAUUUAUAAUGAAUUGUAUGAAUAUGAUAUAGCUGCUCAUCCAAGUCCAAAUAUUACAUGGUAUUCGAACUUUUUAACACCAUCCGAAAAAGUUUAUCGUGUUGGGCAAUCGAUUGCAGCUAAUGUCUAUCGUGCAUUUCGUUCAGCUGGUAUUUUUCUAUUAACUGAUAUUGAAACAGUUAUUGAUGAAGAAGAAGAAGAAAAAUUCUGUAUGGAUACAGGAAAUCGAUUAACAUGCAAUGAUGGAUCAUGUUAUACAAUAAGUGAAAAAUGUGAUGGCAUUUUUCAUUGUUUAGAUGGAGCUGACGAACUUGAUUGUCCUGAAAAGCCUGGACCAUCAUUUACACCAAUAAAUAAACGUCUUUGGCCAUAUUGGGACCGAUUUUUUACACUUUCAUUUGCUUGGGAAUCUACUAUAUCCUAUCCAGAUGGACGAGCUCAGAUACGUGUCGAUGUUCCUACUGACAUUGGCACUUGGAUUGUUUCAGCAUUUUCAAUUAGUCAACAAAAUGGUCUUUCAGUUUUGCCCAGUGUUGUUAUGUUUGAAGGUACAAGACAAUUUUUUAUUGUUGUUGAAAUUCCAAGCAGACCUCGACUCGGCGAACAAAUAGGUGUUCGUGUUGAUGUAUUCAAUUUUCAAGCACAUCGUAUUGAGGCAUUGAUUAUUUUACAUGCUUCACCAAAUUAUCGUUUUAUUAAUAUUGAUCAAGAUGGACAAGUAUCUGCGUUUGCACCACGAACAUCAGAUGGACAACAUCAUUUACUUCUUAUUAUACCUGCAAGUAGCUCAAGACGUAUCUAUAUUCCAAUUGUACCAAUAAAUACUGGGAAAUUUGAUGUUACUAUUGAAGGUAUUACAGGAAUCAAACGACAUAUAGUACCAAAAGAAAUCGAAGUUGUGUAUGAAGGUAUUACAAACCAAUAUUCAACAUCAACUCUAUUUUCACUUGAAUAUACACCUCGGCAAAUGAUUGAAUUCGAUAUUAUUGUACCAGAAAAUUUUAUAUUACCAUUACGAAAUUAUUUUCUAUAUAUACCUGGUUCACCUAAAGCGACUAUUUAUAUCUCAGGUGAUGUUGCUGGACCCUAUUUUUGGGAAGGUCAAGAUAAAGAACUUACAUCAGAUAAUCUUAUUUUUAAAACAGUUGCAGCUGCUGAAGGCGCAUUAAUUGGUUUUGCGUCUAUGGUCUAUGAUAUCAUUUAUUUACGACAAGGCCAUGGUGCAGGAGGAUUUGAUCAAGAUAAACUCUCUCAAUUACUUGGAAAGGUUAAUAUAGAAUAUAAUCGUUUAAUGGCAUUCUAUUUUGAUGAUGGAUCCGAUGCUGGUGUACACGAUGGUGCAUUUAGUAAUUUCGGUUGGAAAAAUGAAACUAGUGUAUGGUUAACAUCAUGGGUAUUAAUCGCAUUGAAAGAUGCGACACAAGCUGAAUGGGAACAAUAUGACCUUUUUAUAGAUCCACGUGUACGUGCGAAAUCAUCGAAAUGGAUUAUAACACAUCAAGGCAAUGAAGGUUCAUGGCGUGAACAUAGUCAUAUCCUUGACCGAGAAAAAUUUCAAUCUCUAUUACAUUCGAAUGAUACAAAUUUACCCCUGAAUUUAUCAUUAACAGCUCAAGCAGUAAUUGCAUUAAAAAUGAAUACAGAUAUCAAUGGAUUAAUAAAAGAAGACAUGACCGAUGCUAUUGAUCGUGGUCGAAAGUGGCUCGAACAACAUUAUCAUAUCAUUGUCGAUUCUUUUGAAUUAGCAAUUACAACGUAUGCAUUGCAUAUAUCUAAUAGUCCAGAAAAAGACAAUGCUUUUAAUCUUUUACUUAAAGCGCAACGAACAAAUGCGGAUGGUAUUUAUUGGUCAAAUAUUGAUUUACCAUCGAAUAGAAUUGGUCAUGGAACUGUAACUGAACAUUUAUUGCCAAAAGAAGAAUCUGAAUUAGAAGCACAUGCAAUUGCGUCAACAUCAUUUGCUUUGCUAACCUAUAUCUUUCGUGCACAAAUAUUAUUAGGAAAGCCAAUAGUAACUUGGUUACACGCACGUCGAAAUUUUGUUGCAGGUUGGUGUUCAAGUUACGAUUCAUUUUUUGCUUUAAGAUCACUUGUUAAUUAUGCAAUUCGACACGGUAAUACGAUACAAGCAUAUAACAUACGCGUUAAUAUAUCAUCAUCGACUAGUUCAUCGCGAAACAGUGGACCUAUAUCAAUUAAUAAUGAGAAUAUUAUUGAUCUAGAAAAAUAUUCAUUGGAUCCCGUUCAUGGAAGAGUAUUUAUUGAUGCUUAUGGCGUAGGAUAUUCACUUGUACAAAUGAUAGUUACAGCUAAUGUUGAAUAUCCUGAAUUGAUUCGUCCGAUUCCAUAUCAAGGAUUUGAUCUAUCAUUAAAUGUUCAUCUAUCACAAAAAUAUAAUUUUAGUUAUUUAAUUUAUGAACCAUGUGUAACAUGGUUGCCAAAUCCUGUUAAAUCUCAUCGAUCGGGUUGGUCAAUUUUUACUAUUGAAAUUCCAACUGGUUAUCGUAUAGAAGAACGUUUUCUGAAAGAUCUUGUUGGCUUUGGUAUUGUAAGAAAUCUUCGUGAUGCCGAAAACUAUCCGAAUUCACUUAAUUUUAUUUUUGAAUUUUUUGAUACAACUCCAAUUUGUUGGCAAUUUGAACUUAAACGUUUUAUACCUGUUGCUAAUAUGACUCGUUACUAUGAAAUGAAAGCAUAUGAAUGGCAUGAACCCUGGAGUGCUAAUCGAUCUAUGUAUACAUUGCGCACACUUUUCGGUCUUGAUAUCUGUUCUGUAUGUGGUUCAUAUCAAUGUCCAUAUUGUGCUUACUAUGCUCGAAGUCCAAGCAUUCUAAUAUCAUUGUUUACAAUCAUGUUGUGUGCUGUUUUUUCAGUCGUUUUUAUAUAA